GGCGUAUAUGGUCUCCGGUAAAGCAAUAGGACGUGCAACAACCCCGUGCAACAUCCACCAGCUCACGCACACACGCAAUGGUUACACGCACCACACGCGUGUCCUCGUGCAUUGAUCGGCCAGUGACGCGCAUAGGAGGAUCUACUCGCCAGGUAUAUAAAGGUAUCCACCAAAAAGCCAGAGCAUCAUUCACCUCCAGUUCAACACACGAGCUGAUCUCCAAAGAUCUACGAAACCUAUCAACCAUGAAGUGCAUCGUUCUUGUUGCUCUGUUCGCCCUCUUCGCUGUAGCCUUCGCAGAGGCACCCAAGCCUGUCCAACCCGAUCAGGAACAACCCGUCGAAGGAGAGGCAUUGAGAGACAAGAGAGGCCUGUUACUAGCUUCCUACACCGCACCAGCAGCAUUAGCACCAGCGCCAAUCGCGUACUCUUCUUACGUCGCCCCGGCAGCCCCAAUUAGCUACGCUCUGCCAUACGCUUACCGCGCAUACCCCAGCUACACGUAUCUGGGUUAAUUUUAGGGGUAUUAGGGACAACACCGAGGGACCUUUGUGAUCACGACUAGGGAAAUGAUUAUACGGCAAUUGGAAGGAUUUUCGAGCGAGUCGUUUAAUCGACGCUACUUUAGUUUAAGUAAAUUUAGAACGAUAGCAGCCGGACGAAAUUUCUUUUUUAAAUGUUAAUUGCUCAAAUUAUUCGCAUCGUAUCGAACAUCACCGAUCUACUCAACCUUUGACAAUUCUUAAUACACCGUUCCGUUGUAUCUCAUGAUGUUAAAUACAGAAAUUGAUUAAGCUUA